AUGGUUGACAAUGAAAUCGACGGAGAUUUGGAAAGAGAAUAUUCGCCAAGUUUGCACACAAAACGAUUCCAGGAUUGCGACAAACCCAAUGAAGAAGUUUUAAAGAAUUUUGUAAAUGUUUCACGAGAAGCAACGUCUUUAGCUCGUCGUUUGUAUAAAACUCGUUUGGAUAUCCGCUAUGGAGGAAAAAAUGAUAAUCAACUACUUGACAUUUACUAUAAGGAGCAGGAACAUGAUACACCAAUUUUAGUUUUCAUUCACGGCGGUUAUUGGCAAGAAUUGGAUAAAUCAACAGCCGGUCCAAUUGUACACACCUUUGUCGAACACAACUAUCGUGUACUGUUGGUAGACUAUGACCUAUGCCCCAAUGUGACUUUGGAACAAUUAACCCAACAAAUUACAAACUUCUAUAAAUGGCUGAAAAUAUAUGCCCAUAAUACUGGAGCCACUAAAAUAUCCAUUUGUGGUCAUUCUGCAGGUGCUCAUUUAGCGUUGCAAUUAUUUGAUGAUGAAUUUUCGAAAUUACAAUUUUCUUUGGAUUUUAUCGAUCACGUGUUUCUGAUUAGUGGUCUAUAUGAUUUGCGUCAAUUGUGGCUAUUGAAUUGUACCAAUUCCAAUAAUCUUCUAGGUUUGGACGAUAAUUCGGCAACUAAAUUAUCUCCAAUUUGUUGUGAAUACAAUGAUGAGCUGAUCGACAAAUAUCGACAACAAAAUAUUCAUUUGCAUCUUAUUGUCGCGGAAAACGAUAGCAGCAUUUUUAAAACGCAAUCUCAAAAUUAUGCCCAUAAACUGAUGCAGUUAAAUAUGAAUGUGAAUUAUCGUGUCUUUAAAUGUUAUGAUCAUUUUGAUAUAAUUGAAGAAUGUUCGAAUUCUAGUUCAGAUAUUAGCCGUUAUAUGAAGAAUGAAAUGAAAAUAUAA